UGCCAGCCGAGUGUCCCCGCAGGCAGGACAUGGACUCCAUGUUCGAGGACGACAUCAGCAUCCUCACCCAGGAGGCGCUGGGGCCCGACGAGGACUGGCUGGACAGCCCCAACACCGACCUGUCGGGCGAGAUGUGCUCGGCCUCGCACUUCGCCCUCAUCACCGCUUACGACGACAUCAAGAACCGGCUGACGGGGCUGGAGAGGGAGAACUCCACACUCAAGCGGCGCCUCAAGAUGUACGAGGUCAAGUACCCCCUGAUCGGCGAGUUCGGAGAGGAGCACAUCUUCUCCCUCUACGAGGCCAAGGAGAAUUCGCUGCUCAAGAGCGAGAAGGCGUCGCUGCAGCAGCAGCUCAACCAGUUCCAGCACGAGCUCCAGAAGAGCAAAGAGCGGGAGGAGCAGCUGGAGGAGAUGAUCCAGGCGUACGAGAAGCUGUGCGUGGAGAAGGCGGAUCUGGAGACCGAGCUGGGAGAGAUGCGGGCGCUGGUGGAGACUCACCUGAGCCGCAUCCGGAGCUUGGAGCAGCAGCUGCGGCAGCGCGACGGCGGCGCCUUCCCCGGGCUGGGCACCCAGGACGUGCCUUUCAUCGCCCUGCACCCCAACCCCGGCCUGAGCCACGUGCUGGAGCGCGCCGGGGGCUGGCAGAGCCGCGGGCUGGAGGCUGAGCUGGAGGCGGCGCGGCAGGAGAACCAGCGCGCCCAGCACCGCGAGGAGCAUCUCAAGGCAGAGUGCGAGAGGCUGCAGGCGGAGCUCAAACACCUGCAGGACACGCGGGAGCAGGUGAGGGGCAGGGAGCAGUCGGAGCGGGACAUGGCCUGGGUGAAGAAGGUGGGCGAUGACCAGGUGAACCUGGCGCUGGCCUACACGGAGCUGACGGAGGAGCUGUGCCGCCUGCGGAACCUCAGCUCCCUGCAGAGCCAAAUCCUGCGGGCGCUGCUGCAGGAAAAGAGCAUCAACGGCGGCCAGCGCCACUCCCCGCUGUCCCAGUGCCACUCCCCGGCUCAGCAGCGCCGCUCGCCAGCCCCUCAGUGCCCCUCGCCCGUUCCUCCGGGACGCUCCCAGUGCCAAUCCCCCGCCCUCCAACGCCGCUCUCCGGGACCCCCAAGCCAAUCUCCGGCCCAGCAGCGCCGCUCGCCAGCCCCCGGCCCUUGCCAGUCCCCGGCCCAGCAGCGCCGCUCCCCGGUGCCACCCCCGAGCCAGUCGCCCGCCCAGCAGCGCCGCUCGCCAGCCCCGCCGCCUCCUCCCUGCCCUUCUCCAACCUCGGCAUCCCCGCACCGCCUGCCCGGCGAGAGGAUGGAGCUGGCCUACGCCAAACCCUCCAGCCGCCACAUCAAGGCCGGCUUCCAGGGCCGCCGCAGCUACUCGGAGGUGACCAACGUGGCCCUGUACCAGCAGAGCCGCUCGCUCUGGCUGCAGCCCGAAGCCUCCACGCUGCCCAAGCACCGGCCCUACGGCGAGCUUUACCUGGGGGGCGCGGGGGCCCCGCUGAGCGCCCACGAGCCCUUCGAGGAGCACGUCCGCUUCGAGAAACAAUCUUCGGACGAGGAGGAGUGGGCGCUGCCCAGCCCGCCCAGCCCCGAGGCCGGCGCCAUCCGCUGCGCCUCGUUCUGCGCCGGUUUCCCCGUGCCCGACACCGACGCCGUGCACCGGACGGCGGCCGCCUACGCCCGGGCCGAGCACGCCCAGUCCUGGCCUUCCAUCAACCUGCUGCUGGAGACGGUGGACUCGGAGGUGCGGAGCUGCCCGCUGUGCCAGCUGGCUUUCCCCAUCGGCUACCCGGACGAUGCCCUGGUCAAACACAUCGAUUCUCACCUGGAGAACAGCAAGAUCUGAGCCUCGCCCCGCACCUCUCCCGACCUCUGGAUGCUGCAUGGAAACACAGCGGGAGCGCCCGCCUCCCAAAAUACCUCCAAGUC